GAAGCCAUAAAGCGGCUGAUCUGCCUGGCUAUAUCAUUCAGUUCCCCUGCCCAGAAAAAGUAGGCACUCGCCUUGGGUAAGACUUAGAACUCGAAAAAGCAGCUUUCUACAUACACACAUCGCACAUGCAAAAUGCAGGUAGUCAGUGAAAACUGUAGACCUCCUGUUCCUGUUCCCGUGAGAGAGGGAAGGAGUCAAGUAUGGGAUUCACUGAAAAAGGCAGCAUUUGUUCUUGGAUCUGGACUGUUCGUAUUUGCUGCCUUCAGGAACUCUGUCACAUGGCACUUGCAGAGAUUUUGGGGAGCUUCAGGAGACUUCUGGCAAGCUCAGUGGGGAAAGCUACAUAACCUCUUUGCAGGCAAUGAGUUGGCACUUUUCUGUUUUGGGACUCUCGUUAUUCCUGCCAUUGUGUUCUGGUUUUUCAAUAUAAUUCUGCUGAUGAUUGAUGUGAGUGGAAAACCAUCGAUUAUCACCCGCUACAAGAUACAGCCAGAUAAAAACAAGCCGAUUGAUACAGUUAAACUCCGCCAUGCCGUAUUGACUGUUCUGUUCAAUGAAGUGUUCAUCUCUGGGCCUAUGGUACUAGCAAUGUAUCGUGUUAUGCAGUGGCGUGGAAAUCCAUGUGGGACCGAACUUCCAACUUUCCACUGGGUUCUUCUGGAGUUCUCCAUCUUUAGCAUAAUUGAAGAAAUUCUCUUUUACUACUCACACAGGUUGUUCCAUCACCCGUCUCUGUAUAAGCACAUCCAUAAGAAACACCAUGAAUGGACUGCACCUGUUGGUGUUGUUUCUCUCUAUGCACAUCCAAUAGAACACGUGUUUUCCAACAUGAUGCCAUCAGUAGUGGGCCCCGUAAUCAUGGGCUCUCAUGUUGCUACAACCAUGAUGUGGUUUUCUUUAGCACUAUGGACUACUACCAUCUCACACUGUGGGUAUCACCUGCCCUUCCUUCCAUCUCCAGAAUUCCAUGAUUUUCACCAUCUCAAGUUCAAUCAGUGCUUUGGAGUUUUGGGGUUUCUAGACCAUCUUCAUGGAACAGACACCAUCUUUAAGCAGACCAAGGCCUAUGAGCGUCACAUCCUUUUGCUAAACCUUACUCCUCUCACUGAGAGUAUUCCAGACCCUCCUAAGAAGAAAGAGUAACAGGCUACUGUGGAUUACAGUUAAUUGCCAUAGAAUAGUACUAAUAGUAUUGUCUCCAUUUUUAUGGAAAUCAGCUUGUAUAGCACAGUAUCAGUUUGUGGUAAAGCUAGGCAUUGUGAAUAAAAUGUAAUGUAUUCUUUGUUGAUGAAAAAAGAAAAUUUGUACUAAAAUUAAAAAGUGUAAGAUUUCUGUUGUGUAUGUAGUUUAAGGGAUGGAAAAUAGAACUGUAUGAUGACCAGUGGUAUCUCACAACACAGUACUGGUACAGUAGGGUUUUCAGGCUGUUAUGAUUGCAGUUGUGAAGGUCAGAAGAUUUGUUACGGAUAAUGUAAGAUUUCACCAAGUAUAUCAGCUAGGAUAAUGUAUGAGCUGACUGGAAUUUUUGUAAUCAUUUAUUGUACUGUCAGCACGCUACAGAAUGUUUAUUGAUACUUUGCUAAAAAGUGGAAAAGGAUUUCCAUUCUGUAGGUGAAUGGAUUGAAAUAUACUAUAACCGUGAGUAAGGCACACAAGAGCUUAGCAGUACUACUACUAUACUUUUACAUUUUGAUUGAUCAUUGUAUUCUAACAGAGUAUUUCAUAUUACGUUUCAAGAAAAUUUUGGGAAAAAUUCUACAAAAUUAGCCUGUUUACUGCUUGUAUUUAGUUUUAUACAUUUCAUUUUAACUGUAUACAUAAAUAAAGAAAUAAAAUCUUGGCUAGUUAAAUUUCA